CCGCUGGGAACCGUCUACAGAGAGCUUCAGAAACUUUCCAAGUUCGAUGAGCAGAGAACUGCUACGUAUAUCACCGAGUUGGCAAACGCCCUGUUGUACUGUCAUUCAAAGAGAGUUAUUCAUAGAGAUAUUAAACCCGAGAACCUGCUUCUUGGAUCAGCUGGGGAGCUGAAGAUUGCAGACUUUGGGUGGUCGGUACACGCUCCAUCCUCCAGGAGGACCACGCUGUGUGGCACGCUGGACUACCUGCCCCCCGAGAUGAUUGAGGGCCUCAUGCAUGACGAGAAGGUGGACCUCUGGAGCCUGGGAGUUCUUUGCUACGAGUUUUCAGUUGGGAAGCCUCCUUUUGAGGCAAACACAUACCAAGAGACCUACAGAAGAAUAUCACGGGUUGAAUUCACAUUCCCUGACUUUGUAACAGAGGGAGCCAAGGACUUCAUUUCAAGGCUGCUGAAGCACAACCCCAGUCACACCACUCUGGCUGAAGUACUUGAGCACCCAUGGGUCAAAGCGAAGUCAUCGAAAUCCUCCAGCUGCCCAAAGAGCCCGCCAGCAAACCAUCUUAAUCAGGCAGGGGCGGGAUCCUCGAGCCAGGGCUGCUGCAUAACCCAUCUGCCAGGAACACGCUAUGGAGUUUGUCCUGCGGAGUACUACAGGGAACGCCUGCCUUGCUGGGCGAGCGAGCGGUGCCUCCCCCUCUGCCGCCUCCUCCAGCUCUGCUUCAGUAGACUCGGCACUCUGGAGGGAAAGCAGCCAGGAGAGUCGUGCGACCUCUACCGAUUUCACCGCCUGGAGGCAAGUGUUAAAGAUUUUCAGAUCGACGUGGAGUUUUUCUCCUGUGGCAUCUCCUCGGUGCUCUCCAUGUCUGUCAGUGCGGUUUCUGGUCCUCGGUCACCUUGGGAGUGGGAAUGUGUGCUCUACCUCGAUCUCAGGACUUGCACAGACGAGAAUAAGUGUCUUGGAGCUGUUUUAAAUGUUAAGGGCUCACUUUUCUGCAUCAGAGUUAUGGCAUAUGUGUAA